CAGCACUGUGGCAGUGGAAGUGGAGUGGAGUUGGGUCUUUGUCCGGACAGAUGUAGCGACAACAUCCCAAACAAAAACCGCUUAUUUGUGCUGAGAUGAGCCCGUCUGCCUUCUGUGUGUUGGCAUUCAACUUCACUAAACAAAAGGACUGGGGGAAACAUCUUGGAUUACCUUUCCUCUUUUCAACGCUAAAAACCAGCCGUGGCUUUUCCCCCCCUCACACACACACACACACACACACACACACACACCAGCGCCAUUCAGUGCUUUGAGUUAACUAACAAAGUUUAUUUAAGUGUUGUUAUGUUAUUGGGGCCGUAAGUGGGGGGAAUUAGUGACUUUUUGAUUUUGAACAAGAGCAAUGUCACGGGCCGGGACUUAAUGUCAGAACAAUGCUGUUCCCGACCUUCACCAUUCAGACGAUACUGACACCAUUAACGUGAACAUUUGAUGAAUAUAACACUUUUUAAAAAAAUAUUUAUUUCAUUCUUAUAUUGCUUAUAUGUGAGCCUUUGGAUAUGAGCAACUCAUUUAAAUAAAAAUCAGCCAAAACAUAGAAUUGCCUAUUUUUAUAUUUUUCUAGAAACUCUUAAGAUUUUUUUUUUUAUCAUGAACUUUUUUGUGCUAUUUUACCCAUAAAGUUUACAAGCCGACAUAUUCUCAUCUCCCUACAGACAGCAAGGUUUUGCAGCAACCUCUUCCUCUGUAUAAUGCUUGAAAAGGUCCAGAAAGUGCCACCAUAUACAUAUUCCCAGAGAAAUCUCUCCAUAAGCCCAGAAAUAGUAAAUAUGUACUUUGUAUUGGCUCAUAUGGGCAGGCUGAGUGUGCGUAUAUGUGUGUGUGUGUCGGGGCAGAGCAGACCCCGCCCAUUUAUGCUAAUUAAUGCCUCCCAUUGGUGUGUCAGGGGAGCAGGCCGGCUCUGAUUGGCCAGGUCGAAGCCAUUUAUUCACUGACAGCCCCGUCACAUGAAUGGUUGUCUAUUAACUUGUUCAAAAACUAUCUGGAGUUGUCAAGGCUCAGGCGGACAGAGGCGAAAAAGUACAGUUUGUUGAUGCUUUUUCGGAGAGGCGACGGGAGAAGUUUUGUGGACACAACAUAGCAGGGACCUAUUGGGAGAAGCCUCUUUGUCACACACACUCUGACACACACUCAGCGAGAGGGAGAGAGAGAGAGAGAGAGAGAGAGAGAGAGAGAGAGGGAGAGAGUGUGUGGAGACGCGGCUUGGUGCGUGUUGUUUUUUCUGUCCAGAGAAAAAGUUGCAGAGAAAAACCCGACAGGUAACUUUGAGCUUCAGCCCUGCGCUCCUCCUCACUGUCCUGCCUCUGGCUUGUGGAGUUUGUCUCUGUGCGUUUUUUCCUUCUGCUCGGGAGCUCCGACUAAAAAGCUGUUCCUGAUGUAUAACAUGAUGGAGACUGAACUGAAGCCCCCAGCUCCCCAGACCAACACGGGGGGCUCGGGCAACACCAACUCGUCCGGCACCGGCGCCAAUCAGAAAAACAGUCCGGAGCGGGUCAAGAGACCCAUGAACGCGUUCAUGGUGUGGUCCCGGGGCCAGAGGAGGAAGAUGGCGCAAGAGAAUCCCAAAAUGCACAACUCGGAGAUAAGCAAGAGGCUGGGCGCAGAGUGGAAACUUCUGUCGGAAAGCGAGAAGAGACCUUUCAUCGACGAAGCCAAGAGGCUGCGGGCCCUGCACAUGAAGGAGCAUCCGGAUUACAAAUACCGGCCCCGGCGGAAAACCAAGACCCUCAUGAAGAAGGACAAGUACACCUUGCCCGGCGGGCUGCUGGCUGCGGGAGGAAACGGGAUGGGAGCUGGGGUCGGUGUAGGGGUGGGGGGCGGGCUGGGCGGUGGGGUGAACCAGCGGAUGGACAGCUAUGCGGCGCACAUGAACGGCUGGACCAACGGUGGCUACGGCAUGAUGCAGGACCAGCUGAGCUACCAGCACCCGGGGCUGAACGCGCACAACCCGAGCCAGAUGCAGUCCAUGCACCGCUACGACAUGAGCGCCCUGCAGUACAACACCAUGACCAGCUCCCAGAGCUACAUGAACGGCUCCCCGACAUACUCCAUGUCCUAUUCCCAGCAAACCACGCCGGGGAUGACCGCCCUGGGCUCCAUGGGGCCCUCCUCGGUGGUGAAGUCCGAGUCCAGCAGCUCCAGCCCGCCCGUCGUCACCUCGUCAUCCCACCGGGCCGGCCCGGGCUGCCAAAGCGGAGAUCUGAGGGACAUGAUCAGCAUGUACCUGCCCGGGGCGGAGGUCAGCGAGCAGACCGCCCAGACCAGGCUACACAUGUCCGGGCACUACCAGAGCACCGUGCCCGGGACGACGAUCAACGGCACGCUGCCGUUAACACACAUGUAAGAGACACACAGCAAAGAGAGAAAAAAAAUAACUUUUAUAAGAGAAACUGUGGACUAUUAACGUUGGACUAUUUUUGUACAGAAAAAUUUCGGGGUGGGAAAAGUUGUAUAGAAGUCUCAAGGAAAAGGACACACGACUCUUUUUUUUCUUUCAUUUUAUUCUAAGGAAGCUCUAGAGGAACGGUAGGAGAUCCCCUCUUCACUGGUGGAUGAAGUUUGGAAGACUAGAAAGUGGGAGUCGCAAUCAAAUGUUUUAUUAUUGCAAUCACCUUUUGUACAGUAUUUAUCAAAGAAACAUUACAAUCAGAUGAAAUUGUUUGUUAAACUGCAAGAGGUUGCAUUUUUCUUUUCUUUCUUUUUUUUUUUUUUAUAUAUAUAAAGCAACGCCAGUUCUGCAGAAAAUAUUAAAAGUGAAACAGGCAGAACUGCAAUUUAUAUGGGAGCGAUCAGUUAUGCUCCUUUAUUACUGCAAACAUUGGAAAGAAAAGGGACAUAAAACGAAGCAGGUAAUACUUUUUUUUUUUUUUUUUUCAUUUAAGGUCAAUAUUACUAAACAUUUUAAUUUCUUAAAAAAAAAAAAAGAUAAGACACUUUUUUUUCCUCUCAUACAGCUUAAAAUAUAGGUUGUUAAUUUAUAUUUCCGUCUCCCACUUUUCAUCUGUUAGAGGUAUGACGCUUGUGCUCUUUAUUUUCUAAUUGAUUUGUACAAUUUCUGUAUAUUUACUGUGAUAUUUUAAGUUUUUAUUUCAAAAUUCAUUCCCGUAGUUGUAUUUUAAAAAUUGUGGCCUGUACGCAGAAGCCAACCACUCCAUGUAUAUAUAUACCGGAACUAAUACCAUCCUUAUAACAGUUACAAUUUCAGCUGAGUAUAUUUUUUUUCAAUAUGCAGUUUGAAAUGAAUAAAUUUUGGAAAUUUGGAUACUUGAAA